GUACCCGACUGCAGCGAGUGCAAAGGAUGAUGUCUUCAUCGGGCGGACUGCGGCGGAAGCAGCUGCUGAAGGCUGUGGUGCUGGGUGACUCGGGCGUGGGCAAGACUGCCCUUCUGCAUCGUUACGUCAACCGGACGUUCUCCACCCAUUACAAGGCCACCAUUGGCGCCGACUUUAUGUCCAAGGAGGUGAUCGUGGAUGAUGCUCAGGUGACGGUGCAGCUGUGGGAUACUGCCGGACAGGAGCGGUUCCAGUCGUUGGCUUCGGCAUACUAUCGUGGUGCAGACUGCUGCCUCCUGGUCUACGACGUUAACAUCAAGUCGACGUUGGAGCGACUGACUCUUUGGCGCGAUGAGUUCCUGCGGAAUCGGUUCUCUGACGCCAACUCGGCCGAAGCGCGCGACUUUCCGUUUGUUAUUGUGGGCAACAAGACCGACUUUGAUCCGGCCGAGCGGCAGGUGGCCGUUGCCGACGCGCUCGACUGGAUGGCGAGCGUGGGCAUCGACGCCGAGGACCAUUUUGAGACAUCGGCCAAGGACGAUGUGGGCGUGACCGAGGCCUUUAUGCGGAUGUCGGUCAAGGCGCACCGCCUCUCGUCGCACAACGACGGUGACACCUUUGCUCCCGUCAAGCUUGACAUCGAGUACAAGAACAAGGGCUGCGGCUGCUGACGCCACCAAGAUGAGUAAAAAGAGAGUGCUGG